AUGAAACUACUGAUCUUAUUUGUUGGCUCAUGCAACAGGUCUCGCUUGUGUGAGAAUCCUUCUGUUUAUCUCACUAGCGCACAGGAGGUUCAUGACCUCCUAGAUAAGUUGGAAGAGACGGCUCAAAAAUUGAAGAACGCCGCCGAGAGCUUAGGUCGAACCGAGAGGCCCCAUCCAGAUGACGCUGACGAGGAACAGAAACUCCUCUUGCUCUUGUGGGACGCUAAGUCGGCGCUAUAUGUGCAAGCCGUGCAACUCUGGGCCAAACGCCAGCCACUCACCGACUCCAGAACAUUGGGCCGCCGUCUAGGAACAAAGUUGAGCAAAAAGAUUCAGAAGGCAAUCCAAAGUCGUCGUGGGCCAAUCAACAAACUCAUCGCGCAUUACAACACUCAAUUUGAUCAUUACGUGGCCAAGUUUCCAAGAGAACGAGUGGCCGACGCAGAAAAUCAUCCAUUAACAGUGGACGAAGAGCUGGAUUUAAUAACUCAAGAACUGGCGCGGGCGAUGUCUUGGGGAGUAGCUAUGUACACGCACAUGACAGACUACAUCAAAUACAUUCGAUCUCGAGGAGUGGCUCUAGAGAACAACAAUAAUUUGAGUGAGGAUCACCUCAAUAACCUGGAAUUUGGCGACAUCAAAAGAGGCGAGAAAUUACGACUAAUUAAUAAGGAAUUACAGUCUUGUUUGUUUGAUCAUGGUACACUAAUGAUUGAGUGGUCGGAUACCGUCAAGUGGAUGUGUGCUCGUUGCCAGCCCAAUCUACUUCGCGAUCAAUGGUCUGAAUGGACCAAACUUAUAGCUACUGUAUUAAACGAUCAAGCUUCUCGACUACCAAGUAGAAAUACGCAAGAGGUGGUAGUUGACAUUGUCUCCGAGGACGUGGUCUUAGGAGUACAGACAGAAGAUGGCAAAGAGCUUGGGGAGGCUGAUCAGGGAGCUUGGGAGGAUAUUGCAGAAUCUUAG